AUGGCCUCUCAAAUUUCUCUCGAAGAAUGUAACCGAUGCUCGUGGCGGCCUGCGCCUGGUCUUCGGAGAUCCCUACGAGUUCAUAAUGCCAGCCAACACGGUCAAGGGUUGGGAAUGAAGCCCAACCAGCCUUCGCAGAACCGAUCCAGCAGAUCUGGAGUUCGCGAGUCAGCCAAUGACGGUCCCGAAGGGUUGAACGAACAGCCUGAGGUCAUCAAUGGGAGCAUUGCGGAAGACACCGAUGGGAGCAACCGAAGCACCCCCGAAACAGAGGCGGGCAUUGGCAUGGCUUCUGAUGUUGUUGUCCGCGGCUACCAGAACAACUUCUACAACAGCAUUGUGUACAACAUCAACAUGUAA